GCAGCCACUGCGCAGCGGCGGAGACCGAGCCACGCCACCGACUGCCACGCCGCGCCUCGCCAUGCCACGCCGCCUGCUGCUCGUCGUGCUCGCAGGUGCGGCAUCGCUACUGCAGCCCAGCCGGUGGUCUGUGCACGCGAACAGCGACGCCAUCUGCCUGGAGGCGGCGCGCAACGCCACGCCGGACCCCGUGUGCGCCUCCAAUGGGCAGACUUUCCACAACUUCCUCGCCUACCGCUGCUACAUCCGCUUUUUCAAAGUGCGAGGCUUGAGCGUGAGGCGCGGCGCAUGCGCGGCUAACCCGGAGCCGGAGCACUGCGCGCUCGCGUUCGCCGUGUGGCGGCGCGUCUGCGGCAAGGACAACCGCACCUACUCUAGCGUCUGGGAGCUGCUCUGCCACGCCCAGACCACCGGCAUACCCAACAGCGUGCAGUACGAGGGUCCGUGCCGCGUGCGCUGCGCCGUCGGCCUCCACUUCGAGCCGGUGUGCGGUUCCGACGGCGCGACCUACCCCAACAUCGAGGCUCUCAAGUGCGCCGCCCUCGUGGACGGCAAUAUCACGAUGGCUGGGACCGGCGCAUGCGCAGACGAGGCGGGCGCCGUGGUAGCAGCGGAGUGUCGCGGCGGAGGUCCCGGCAGGGCGCAUGCGCAGCAGCCCAUUUGCGCCAACAACGGCGUCACCUACCCCAGCCUAGGCGCCCUGCUCUGUCUGCGACAGCACAAUCCCAGUCUGCGGAUCGUGCACGACGGGGCGUGCCAGCUGACCGACAUCCAUAUGCCGAACAACGCGCGCACCGUCUGCUACCUGGCGGACAACCAGGCCAUCUACCUGCCCAUCUGCGGCACCGACGGCGUAACCUACCCGAACCCCUUUGUUCUGCAGUGCGCCAAGGAAAGGGAGCUCAUUCCCUGGCUUGUGGAAGUGCUUCACGAGGGAGCGUGUGACCGGCCCGUGGAGCGAGGCGAGGACCCGUGCGAGGCGGCGGACCGCCUGCCCGCGGUCAUCGACCGGCCGCUCUUCUGCGCCUCCGACGGGCGCACCUACUACAACGCCAAGGCGUACUCCUGCGCCGUACACCUGCGGGGCACCUGGUUCCCCUACAGCAUCACCAAGGUGGGCAUCCCGUGCGACCCCUCGGACCACCCGUGCGAGCGGCUGCGGCUGGUGCCGGAGGCGCUGCAGGCGGCGCCCGUCUGCGGCAGCGACGGACUCACCUACGGCAACCCUCUGGCGCUCAUGUGCGCCAUGACCACCGCCACCGACGACCUGUCUGCUGUGCACAAAGGAGUCUGCCUGCCGGCUGAUGAUGAGGACGCAGGAGAAGAGGAACCAGGAGAAGGAGAAGGCGAAGACGUAGAGGAGGGCAGUACCGGCAGCGGCAGCGGCAGUGGCGGAGGCGGCGACGAGCAGGAGGGGUCCGGCGCGCAGACACCGCCGACCCCAGCAGCUGGCGACCCGGCGGACGUGGCCGCAGCCAGCUAGCAGCCGCCAUUGGCGCCAGUCGGCUAUGCUGCGGUCAGCUACAAGGAGCGUCAUGGGCGCGCUCUAAUAUUUCGCAUAAGGCACAGCCGAGUGAGACGUCCACGAUUAAACGAUAUCCCAGCGACUUGGUUAUCUGACAAACAAGACUUAACACUAUCCUGCCUGCAGUGUCCAUACAACCCAGUGCAUUUCUUUAGUGGUUACAAGACUCUUCCGUUGGGAUCACGUGACACUCUUUGUUGCAGCAGGAGAUGACAGCAAGGACUGGAUAUCGCUCAUUAGUCUCGCCACGCGUGGUAGCCGCGCGGUCAGGGGCGCAUUGCCACAGUUCGCGCGGCUCCCUUCGUCGGAGGUUCAAGUCCUCCUUCGAGCAUAGGUGUGUGUUAUCCUUAGCGUAAGUUAGUUUAAGUUAGAUUAAAUAGUGUGUAAGCCUAGGGGCCGAUGACCUCAGCAGUUUGGUCCCAUAGAAGCUUACCACAAAUUUCCUAAUUUCAUUAGUCUUGGCAAGUAUAAACAGAUGAUGGUGUGCUGUAAAUGCACAGGCUGAUCCGCAACUGAAAAAUCUAAUACUUUGAAGCUUAGUUAUCGCUUCUUCUCGUUUCUUAAGAAUAUGAUAAUAGUGUGGAGAUAUUUAGAGAAAAAAAAUUGUAUGAAAUAAGUUAGGGAGUACAAUGGACACUCUAGGAGAGAAUGUACGCAAAAUGAAUCUGCAAUGGGAAAAGUUGUAUUUGUAAAGUAAUUAGUUACAUUACUUCUAGUUGCCUAGAUUAUCAUUCUAGAGUAUCUGCUGUUGAUGUGUUUCAAGAGGAGUUAUUUAUAGAGAUUUCAGUUGAUAGAGACUCUGAAACUAAUAUUAGCACAAGUAAUGUGUAAGAUAUAACUGAAGAUUUCCUAAUGACAAGAGAAGAACCAACAACUGAAUAUUUUUCUGAGGCAUUGGUCAUUUAUUAUCCGAUCACAAGUAUAUGCUUCCCAGCUGAUUUAAAUGAUGUUCCACUAGCGCAGACGAAUAGUGUAGUAUAGAAAAGUGAAAAAUAGUUUUACAAAGUGGAGAAUCAAUUAUGUCAGCGUAUUAAAACCUGCCAAAGAAUGCAACAUUGUUUUGUCAGGACUUGAUGAAAACAUGA